UGCCGCUUCAUCACCGACGAGGUCCGUCUACGGUCUACCUCGGCGGCGUUUCAUUCGAUGGCCACAUGAACGCAGCCAAGGCCGGCGGCCGCAUGCUCGCGCGGCGCGUCGUCGUACCGUCCCCCUGCCGCGGUGCCGCCUCCGCCGUGCCCGCGGCCGCCGCGGCGACGCCCCAGCACGUCUCCCACUACCUCGCGAGCAGCCCGAGGGUGACCUGGGAGGCGCUCUCCGCCGCGUUCCCCGCCGCCGCGGCGCCCGAGGGCCACGUCGACGCCGUGCUCCUCUCCCUCGCCCGGAACCCCAGCCCCUCCUCCUCCUCCGCCGAGACCGUCGCCAAGAACGCGCACAGCUUCUUCCACUGGUCCGCCGCCUCGUCGCCGUCGCCCCACUCGCUCCGCUCCUACUGCCUCCUCGUCCACCUCCUCGCCCGCGCGGCCCUCGUCAGCCACGCCUCCGUCCUCCUCCAGGCCGCCAUCACCAGGCACUCCUCCUCGCCCGCCUCGCACUUCCUGGACGCCUUCUUCGCGGCCUACGAGGACAGCGGCACCGCCGCGACGGCCCGCGGCCUCCACCUCCUGGUGCACGCCUACGCGCGGCUCCGCCUCCCGGAGGAGGCCCUCGAGGCCUGCCGCUACCUGGCGCUCCGCCGCGUGCUCCCCUCCCUCUCCGCCUUCAACGCCGUGCUGCACGCGGCGCAGCGCACCGGCCGGUUCCGGGUCGCCUGGGAGGUGUUCGAGCUAAUGACGCUCAAGCGGGUGUACGCCAGCCAGGCCACCGUCGAGCUUGUCGUCGGCGUGCUGAGCCGGGAGGGUGCACUUGCCAGGAUGGCGGCCCUUGUGGAGAGGAUCCACGGCAAGAAGUGCGCGCCGGGCGUCGUGGCCCACGUCGCGCUGGCGCUGUGGAUCUUCGAGGAGGGGAGGACCGAGGAAGGGAUCUUGCUGCUCAGGAGGAUGCUGCAGAGGAACAUGGUGUUCGACGACGUUGCUUACUCGCUGAUGGUGCAUGCUUACUGUCGUAUUGGUGAUCUGGAGUCGGCACGUGAGCAGUGGGACGGCAUGGUCCGACGAGGCUGUCGCCUGAACCCGUUUGUGUAUACUUGCCUCAUCGGAGUACAUUGCCGUGAGGGCAAUAUUAGUGAGGCCAUGCAGUUGCUUCAAGAAAUGCUGUCCAUGGGGUUGAAGCCGUAUGAUGCUACAUACAGUCACCUCGUCACCGGGUGUUUUAGACAUGAGAGGACAGAUGAGGGCUCGGAGUACUUCGACAAGAUGCUCCAUGAAGGCCUUGUGCCGGACAUUGGCACUUGCAAUGAGAUCUUAGAGGCGAUGUGUGGUGCUGGACAGGUCGGCAAGGCAAACGAGUUGGUGACGGCAAUGAUCGACAAAGGAAUGAUUCCUGGUCAGGAUACAUACUGCAAGCUCAUUGAUGGGUACGUCAAGGUUGGUGAUGCGGAAGGUGUUGUCAAGAUUUAUCAUGAGAUGGAGCACAGGGGACUUAACCAUGGCAUCGAAGUUUUUACCUCCCUGAUCAGUGGCCUGUGCCAGUGUGGGAAUCCAAAGGAAGCUGAGAAGUUUGUGUCUGUGAUGGAAAGGAAAUUGCUGGCUCCGACUAGUGACAUAAGCGAUAUGCUGAUCAGCAGUUACUGUGAGAAGGGUAACACUAAGAGCGCACUUCGGUUAUAUGACAGGAUGAUUGCACGGAGCGAGAAGUUAAUCCCCUCUGCGGAUACAUUUAUGAUGUUGGUGAGAAGAGUCAUCAAAGUAAAGACAUAGUUCCCAUAAUACCUGAUCUCGCAGUUAGAUGGUUUGUGCUUGAUGGGAAAAAAGCUAAAGGGGGCUGAAGGAUAGGCGAAGGUAGAGAGGGAGAAGGUUGCUAUUAUUUAAUAUAAGAUUGGUCUACAUAUUGCACUUAUUGUACCUUCGCAAAGGAAAUGGUAAAAAUAGUAGGCUAGCCAACAGCAAACCACCAUGAGGCUGCUGAAAAUAAAAAGGACAUGUGAGGAGAAAUUAAGGCCUCCCUAACUCCCGUGAACAUGAAACCUGCUCUACGAGUGAGGGGAGGAAUUACAAGAGAAUCCAAUUUUCUUUUCUCGCCUUGUAAGGCAAACAAUCUGAGAUUCUAGUUGGAGACAUGUUAUUUUCUGCUUGUGUGCAAGUGGAUGAGGCCAACCUACGAUGCAGACUCCCUUGGAGUCCAGACAAGAUUAUUGCUAACAUAACUACUCUAUGAGUGUAUGCUGCUCCUAGGACCUUUUCAAUGCAAAAUGGAUCACUGGAUUUCUGCUUGCCUGUUACUGUAAGGGUUUGUUCUUCUAUGAAGCACUAAUGCACUGAGCAGGAACUGGUAAAUGGUAAUCUUUUUCCAGUGCUGAUGAUGACAUAAUGUAUGAUAACAUUUUUAAUGCACUGAACCAUUAUAAUGUCAUUCACAUGUCUAUAGCAUUGUUCAGUGUCAUCUA